CCCACCAAAAAAAAUAAAAACCCUAACAAAACACUAUUCACAAACUCUCCUCUCAAAAUCCCGAAUUUACAUGUAAAAAAAAGGGUGAAAAACACGAAAAAAAUCCUUUGAUUAAUGCAUGCAAACAACAACGAGUGUAGAUGCAUGUCGGCGGAAUAACAGUGGAUCUGAAUUGGUUACUACAAUUUAUAUUCACUGUUUUUGUGAUUGGUUUGGGGUUGUUACACCUCGUUAAGAAUACGGCGUCCAAGUAUUUCGAAGUCGGCGCUAAUUUCGAAGCAGCUGAGAGUAGCCACACUGCUAUUGAUCCAAAUAUUAUUAAUCAAGCCGAGGAAGCUGAAGAGGACUCUAGUAUCUGUGGAAAUUGUGGCGGUUUUGGGACUAAAAAGUGUUCUCGUUGCAAAUCCGUGAGAUAUUGCUCACAGAGAUGCCAAGCAGCAGACUGGAAGGCUGGCCAUAAGUUAAAAUGCAAGGAUUUCAAAUUAAAUUCUUCACAAACAGUAAGAUCAAACUUUGGUUUUAAACCUUCAGGUGGUGGGAGUAGAAGCUUUUCUAACGCUGCCCUUGUUCCUGCCAAUGGAGUUUCUAACUGUAAGCCUAUAAAGAAGCCGGGAAAGGUUCUUUUCCCGUAUGAUGAGUUCAUUAAACUUUACAACUCAGACAAGCCCGAAUUCUCUCCCUGUGGGCUCUUAAAUUGUGGAAACAGUUGCUUUGCCAACGUGGUUCUACAAUGCCUCACAUACACAAGGCCACUUGUUGCGUAUUUGUUGAAGAAAGGUCAUCAAACAGAAUGUAGACAUAAUGAUUGGUGUUUUCUUUGUGAAUUCCAAUCCCAUGUUGAAAGAGCAAGCCAAAGCAUGCUUCCCUUUUCACCAAUAAAUAUUCUUUCUCGGUUACCUAAUAUUGGUGGUAAUCUUGGCUAUGGAAGACAGGAGGAUGCUCAUGAGUUCAUGAGGCUUGCUAUUGAUACUAUGCAAUCAGUAUGCCUUGAUGAAUUUGGUGGAGAAAAGGCUGUUGAACCUGCCUCUCAAGAGACUACAAUAAUUCAACACAUAUUUGGGGGUCGCCUCCAAUCUCAGGUGAUAUGCACAAAAUGCAGUAAGAUUUCAAAUCAGUUUGAGAACAUGAUGGAUUUAACUGUUGAGAUUCAUGGUGAUGCUGCAUCCUUGGAGGAAUGCCUCGAUCAAUUCACAGACAAAGAGUGGCUUCAUGGAGAAAAUAUGUACAAAUGUGACAAGUGCAAUGACUAUGUCAAGGCAUCGAAGAGUCUUACCAUUCAACGAGCUCCAAAUGUUCUUACAAUCGCUUUAAAGAGAUUCCAGAGUGGGAGGUUUGGUAAACUUAACAAAAGGGUAACUUUUCCUGAGAUGUUAGAUCUGAGCCCCUACAUGAGUGAAGGAGGAGAUGGCACUGAUGUGUACAAGCUUUAUGCAGUUGCUGUCCAUGUGGAUAUGCUAAAUGCAUCAUUUUUUGGUCAUUACAUCUGCUACACCAAGGAUUUCCAUGGAAACUGGCACAGAAUUGAUGACUGCAAGGUUUCUAGUGUUGAAUUAGACGAGGUACUUUCUCAGGGCGCAUAUAUGCUUGUGUACAGCAGGGUUUCUGUUCGACCAUCAUGUCUCAGAACCAUUGAGCCUUCAAAGGAGCAGCAAUCAAUCAUGAAAGUAGAACUAGAUUCUUGCACAGAGAAUCCAGUUGAACACCUUUCACUGAUGGAGUCGAUGGAUGCCACGAAUUCUGGGUUCCCAGCACCUGAAAAUGAAAAUUCUGAAGUUGGAAGUGAACAUCACGAGUCAGGGACUGGUAAUGAAGAUCCUGACGAUAUGAUUGGAGUUGAUUACUGCUCAAGUUUAUCCAUUCCAGUGGGGGUUUCUGGCCGCAAGAAGGCUUCCGCUGCUGCACUUGAUUCAGAAGCUGUUGUGAUAGAGCACUCCAUGGACUAUACAGAUACAGUCAUGUCUGAAUCAGAUUCUGCUGUUGCGAAGGAUAUCAAAGUAAAUGGCAGUAUUUAUUCAUUCUCGAGUGAAGAGAUUUCCACAUAACCUAAUAAUUUGAAAAGUCAACCACCAUUCCACGAUUUGGACAGCGAGGACACGGCGCAACUGAAGCUAAAAGAGCAAUAGUAGAUAGUUAUUGAUGAUAAUAAUGCUUUAUCAAUCUCUAAUUAAUCGUUCAUAUUUUUUAAACAAUCCCCAUUCAUCGAAGGAAAAUUUGAGUUGGGCAUUUUUAUCCGGGGUUUCAUUAUUUGCAGAAAUCUCAGAUUCUAUUUGUAACGGUUCUAGUUAUGACGAAGCCUCACCUUCCUUCAAAUGACAGUAUGAGGAUGUCAUUGCUUCAUGAGCAGGAAUGUUUCGUUUAUAGUCUACUCCAUAAUGUAAGUUGCCAAGAAAUUCUAGUCCAAGGAUAGCAAGUGAUAGGUUGUUUAAUUUGUUAGUGUACCACUACAGCAUGACAUCCUACUCUAGGGAUAUAAAUUUUCUGGCUGUGUCAAGAACAAGCCAGAAGGGUCACUGUGAUUGAUUGAUAACUUGUACAUGUACAGAACUUGAACUGGUCUGGAGCUGCAGAGAAUGCUGUCAUGUGAACAGUGGAGAUGCUUACAUUAAUUGAUUGA